GUUGCCAGGCAUCCCUGGAAGAGGAGGUGCAUUAAACUUGGAGAAGCAAGCAACGGGAGGGAGAACAUUUUGCCUCUGUGUGGUGCGCCUGUGUGUCCUACUUUGCCCUGUGCUCAUUCAGCAAGCAGAGUAAGGAACCUUGCCAGAUCUGGAGCUCAUCUGAAAUACAUUAAAACCAGGAGAAGAACAAUCCUCUGUAAUCUAACUGCGUAUACACUGCUCAGAGGGUUCCUAUUCGCUGUCAGAGGUACACCCAUACAUGUAGCAGCAGCUCCUCCAAGAGACUGUUUUUGUCUUCUCAAGUCAAAAUAUUUUCCAAACUCCAGAGGGCAAGACUGCAGAGAGAGAGAUCAAGGCGCUUGAAGAAGUCAACUUUCUCCAUAAUAACUUGGGGCUAAACGUUAUCAGUGUGGCGACAGUUAUCAAGUUGUCAAAAGGGGAAGAUCCAGACUUCAAACGAAACAUCAGCCCUAUCGUUCCUCUCGGCUUGUGUAGAGCAGGUUUCAAGGACAAGUUCACAUAAAUACAGGAAGCACCUGAAGCUUUCCUGAAGCCACAGGAAGGACAGCUCCAAACAACAGACACACUCGCACGCUGAUUUUCCUAAGAAGCGCCCUAUCAUCUUGUUGGUAAAUCAACAUGUCACGCUGGGGGAGGAAAAAUGUGAAGAAGACACCUGAGGUGAUCCGCACUGUGACAGAAGGGCUCAAGUCCUUGUAUCGUAAAAAGCUGCUGCCUCUGGAGGAGUACUAUGGUUUCCAUGACUUCCACUCUCUCAGUAUGGAGGAUGCAGACUUUGAUAAUAAGCCUAUGGUGCUGGUGGUGGGACAGUACUCCACUGGAAAGACAACGUUCAUAAAGUAUCUUCUGGAGCAGGAUAUUCCUGGGAGCAGAGUGGGACCUGAACCCACCACUGACAGCUUCACUGCAGUCAUGCAUGGGGAGGUGGAGGGUGUCAUCCCUGGUAACGCACUUAUCGUAGACCCCAACAAGCCUUUCCGCAAACUCAACCCUUUUGGAAACACCUUUCUCAACAGGUUCCAGUGCGCCCAGAUGCCCAACCAGGUCCUGGAGAGUAUCAGCAUUAUUGACACACCGGGGAUCCUGUCCGGUGCUAAGCAGAGAGUGAGCCGAGGUGAGAGGCUUUACAAAGGCUAUGACUUCCCAGCUGUGCUGCGCUGGUUUGCGGAGCGUGUGGACCGCAUCAUCCUGCUCUUUGAUGCCCAUAAACUGGAGAUCUCAGACGAGUUCUCCGAGGCCAUCGGUGCCCUGAAAGGCAAUGAGGACAAGCUGCGUGUGGUGCUCAACAAGGCCGACAUGGUGGGCACCCAGCAGCUGAUGAGAGUGUACGGUGCACUCAUGUGGUCCCUGGGGAAGGUGUUUGGCACCCCGGAGGUUCUGCGCGUCUACAUCGGCUCCUUCUGGUCAGAGCCACUGAUGGUUACAGACAACCGGAAGCUGUUUGAGCUGGAAGAGGAGGAUCUGUUCAAUGACAUCCAAAACCUUCCUCGCAAUGCAGCUUUACGCAAGCUCAAUGACCUGGUCAAGAGGGCGCGUCUGGUUAGGGUCCAUGCUCACAUCAUCAGCUAUCUGAAGCAGGAGAUGCCUUCCGUCUUCAGGAAGGACAAUAAAAAGAAGAAUCUGAUCUACCAGCUGCCAGUGAUUUUCUCUAAGAUCCAGCUGCAGCACAACAUUUCUGCUGGAGAUUUCCCUGAUUGUGCUAAAAUGCAGGAGCAACUGAUGGUUCAUGAUUUCAACAAGUUCAAAAGCUUGAAGCCGAACCUGAUGGCAGCCUUGGAUGAGUUGCUCUCCUCUGAUAUUGCCAAACUGAUGCCCCUCCUGCGGCAGGAGGAGCUGGAAGCAGGUGAGCAACUAGGCGUGCAGGGUGGAGCCUUCAUAGGGAACCGUGCCGGACCGUUCGGAGAGGGCGACCCCUUUGCCCAGGAGAACGGAGAGGGCUGCGACGAGGAGGAAGACUGGGUGGUGACCAAAGACAAGCCCAAAUAUGAUGAAAUCUUCUAUAACCUCGCUCCCAACGAGGGGAAACUGAGCGGCAACAAGGCGAAGGACUGGAUGGAGAGCUCCCGCUUGCCCAACUCGGUCCUGGGUCGCAUCUGGAAGCUGUCGGAUGUGGACCACGAUGGCAUGCUGGAUGAUGAAGAAUUUGCCCUGGCCAGCCACCUGAUUGAGGUCAAGCUGGAAGGCCAUGGUCUGCCCCCUGAGCUUCCCACACGUCUGAUCCCGCCCUCCAAACGCAGGCAGAAGGGUUCUGAUAUAUAGACAAAGUUCCCGGAGCUGAGAGAGACUCUUCUCUAUUCGCUGUGCUACUGCUUGUAUUUGCUCUUGUUUUCCCCCCAGACCCCAAGUCAAAAUGUUUGUUUAUACUGCGUUUAACUUUCCUCUUAAGACUGAUUCUGGUCUUGCACAAUGGAACACACUGUAUUAAAGUGUAAGUCUUUGAGACAAAGGACGUACUGCAAAAGAUUGUGUAUUAAGAAGUCACACGGGUCUGGUUGCUUCCUCUUUUUGGCUUCUCAAAGUUAGCUUCUUAUGAUGAGCUUUAAAAAUAUAUCUACUUGUGUUUGCAGAAGUAAAUGCAGUAUUCAGCAUAUAUUUGACCGAGUACAGAGCUAAACCUUUCUGUAUUAAAUCCUUUAAGUGUAACAUUCCCUCAGUGAUUAGAUUGGUGAUAAUUUGUAGGAUUAUGCCAUUUAUUUUCAUGUCUGGUCAUUCCAGCGAGGGUAACAAAUACACAUUUCUUAACAAAGACUUAUAUUGCUCAAAUGAUUUGUUUUUAGCAUUUUCGACUCAAACCGUCAGCACAAUUAUAUUAAUAACGUGAAUACGUUUCACUUUUGAUGCUUUACAUGCCACCAUUUUGUGCAUUAAACUUUAUAUAUUAUUUUUGUAAUGUUGCUGUUUUGUAUUUGCAGGAGUAAGAACUCAGUUGUAUAAAAGAACAUGACAUGCUGAGAUUAACCUUUGAUUGAUGUGUUGAUAUAUUACUGACUACUGUACACAGCUCCACCAACUGUUCUUAUGUUAACUAUUAUUGUAACCAAAUAAAAUUCCCUGACUGUG